UUCAGUCAACGCGCUUCAAUGACGACAACAGCACGCCCAGCACUUACUACGAGACUCUGUCGCAUUGCCUAAAUAAUAGUUGAAAAUCGAUGGCAUAUAAUACCAAUCACUAGAGCGCGUUGUACAAUUCCCUGACUUGACUUUCGGACCGACCACCACCUCAAUUUGGACAACAAUUCAUUUUCGCUUUUCAUUCAAUUUUCAUUCCCUUUUUCUUUUGUGUUUUCCGCACACGUGUUUCUGUUCCUCCCCACACACUCACACACAUACACACUUUACUUCGGCAGUGACUUUUUUUUUGGGUUACAUUGAAAAAAAAGUACUUCGACUGCCAACCAAAUCCCACUACGACCUCUAAUUUGACCAAUUGACGGAAAAUUAAUUGCGCUUAAAAUUAAUUAACAAAACUAUGCAUAUUUUUUUAACGUGAAACGAGCGUGUUAUUCGUCCAUCUGAUUUUAUAGUUGAUUGUGUUUAAGUAAAUUAAUUGAGCUAUUUAUGUUUUUGUGCUUCGAUCCAAAUUCAAUUUGCGAUCACAAUUUAAAUGCCUUUCGUCGAGAGAUUUCAACAAAUACGUAAUUUUGUUAUGAACGUCUGUCUCGUGGAGGCCAUCCAAUUCGUCCAGGACUUAACGCAUGCCAUUUGCUUGGACUUUCAGGGAUUGUUCAACCUCAAGUAGAGAUCCCCGAGCGAUCUCCCCUCGCUCUCCUCAUCAGUACACCAGUACACCAAGUUAACACAAAAAUUUCCUUCCAUUACGCAACCCCCACGCACGCAUCGCACAUCGCUGACC